UAGCCCGGACAGAGACGCUCGGUCAGGGACUCCCUGGGUCAUUUCCUCCUCAAUCCCCAGCUGGCUGUCUCCUCUGGUGCUGAGUCUCCCUCCCAAAGGCCAUAGGCCACAUCCCACCUGAGAGGAUGUCACCACUGUGCGUGCUCGCCCUGGCUGCCCUGUGUGCAGCUGGAACCAGAGCAGUAAAAGUGGAGCAGACAGAACUGUCCAUCACUAAAGUACCCGGAAAGACAGUCCGGAUGAGCUGUGUGGUGUCCGGCGUUACAUUUUCUGAUGCUUUCAUACACUGGUACCAACAGAAACCAGGGCAGGGUUUGGAGAGGCUGCUCUCUAUCUUAUCGGAGAGCGAUAUUUUCUAUGAAGUGGGCGUUGACAAGAACAGGUUUGAGGUGGAUAAAAAAGCUAAAUUCUCCACCUCCACCCUAACGAUCCAUCGUGUAGAGAUCGGUGAUGCGGCCACCUACUAUUGUGGCUGCUGGGAUACCACAGCAUGGAUCAAGUAUUUCGGAGGAGGAACCAAGCUAGUUGUUACCGGGGGAACUGUUACCCCCAAAGCUCCUGAACCCAUCAAGUUUUUCCCAUCUUCACUAGAGCAGGAAAAACAAAAUACAGAAACCUAUAUUUGCCUCUUGAAGGAUUUUUACCCAGAAAUUAUCAGAAUGCAUUGGAAGGAAGAGGGGAGUGAUAAGAUACUGGAGUCCCAGCAGAGUGAGCCACUCCAGGUGAAGGACAAGUACUGGCAGUUGAGCUGGUUGACCGUUAACAAAUCAUCACCGGGGAAGAUUUACAGAUUGAUAUAUAAACAUGAGAAGACCGGUCGGAUAGCAAAGGAAGAGCUAUUCACAGCACCAGCUUCUGUCCCCACCACCAAUUCUACAAAAGCCUCUACUACGGUUGGAACUUCUGUCCCCACCACCACUUCUACAGAAGCCUCAACUACGAUUGAAACUUCUGUCCCCACCACCACUGCUACGGAACGCCCUACUACGGUUGAAACUCUUCACCCCACACUUACCCCUACAGUUGGGAAAGUCUGCACUAAUGAUUUAGAAAAACAACGCAGGGUUAAACAAGUUUUCCAAUCAGUGAACAUGACUGCCUAUUACACCUACACCAUCCUUCUGCUCAAGAGCACCAUGUACUGCACCUUCAUGCUGUUCCUCAUUUACAAAAGGAACGUGGCCAGUGGCAACUGGAGAGAACUGGCCAGUUCACAUCUCUGGAGAAUGGUGCGAGGGCGAACAGAAUUUCCCUGGACCAAACGCCCAACUUCUCUUCAGACCAACACACAAGGAGCAGAGCAGUACAUGGAUGCUUGACAUAUUAUUGUUAUUGCAAUUACAAGCAGUUCUUCUAUGUAAUCACCAGGCAGAGGCUUAUUUUAUGAUUUUAUUUUUAAACUGUAGAAGAAAGCGUGAGGUUUUAACAAGCCCUCUUUCCUUGAUUUUGCUUUUAUGUUCUGCCCUUAGUUUUAGAUUUACCUCUCAUUUUCUUAUCAAUCGAUCUAGUCGCAUAAAUGAAAGCACCACUACCCUGCUAUCAACAGGUGUGGAACUGUUCUUUCUCCUGCUCCUACCAAUAAAUAAUUUGUGUCUGCUUGUCUCCCCCAUGGGAUUGUAAAUUCCCUCCCCGAAUCCUCAGCUUGUGAGCCCCAGGUGCGGCAGGGAUUAUGUCUGAUCUUUUUAUUUACCUCAAUGCUUAGUACAGUGCUUGGCACUUAAACUCCACAAUUAUCAGCUUCAUCAUUUUUAAGCUCCUGUGGCAGGGACUGUGUCUUUCACCUAUACUGAUGGCUCCUAUGAUAGACACUCAUUAAAUGGUAUUGAUUGAAAGACCUCCAUA